GUGUGACCCUACUCUAUUCGUCUCAUAUGCGGGGAUGAAAGCAUAGCUAACUACUUCUUGUCGGGUCCAUUGCACGUCCAUCGCCUCCCGCUUCUAUUGCCGAAAGCGGGCUUGCAACCAUCAUGUCUGAUCGCAUGACAGCUCCUGUGUGCUCUCCCCUGGUCUUGAGUAGAACUGCACCGUUGCAGUGCCCUGCCACAACUCCUUCUACUGGAAGACACCACCAGGAACAUUUGAAGGCGGUCUAUGACAAGGCGCAAGAGGCUCUGACCGCGGCAUCCUCGGUUGUCGCCGAUAUCGCCUCGGGCCUUUACGACUUGGAAUCCUGCCAGACCGAUGUCUCUGCUCGCCUAUGUGGACGUCCUUCUCGGGUCAUCGGCAAGAAACGCAAGCUCAGUCCCUCCGUCUAUGACUACAACGACUCGUGCUUCUUCGCCUCAUCCAAGGCCGACACGCCAACCCAGGAGCUCCUCCCCGCCUCCCGCAGCGAGCUCCGGAACCACCAGCUGCAGGCGGUGCGCUGGCUUGCCUCCCUGGAGCGCUGCGGCGCCGGCGGCGUGUUGGCAGACGAGCUGGAUCAAGACCGCCGAGCCGAGGUCGCCGGCCUCAUGUCACACCUCGCCUCCAACCCGCCCGACUUGCUUCCGCUGCCGGUUCCAGUACCCAUGCCAUCACAGGCCUUUGCAGCUCAGCAACAACAACAGCAGCAGCAGCAAUGCCAGGGUGCUGGUCGGCAGACGCAGCAGGGGCAACAACAGCAGGCAGGGUUUGCGGGUGUGGGCGGUCCUCUGUCAGCGGCACCGCACACGGCUAAUGCGGUGGUGCUGCUAGCGCCCGGCAGCUCGCUGGCGGCCUGGUCCGAGGCCAUCAGCGAGCAUGUGGACGUGACGGUGCAGGUCUACGAUGGGUCACCAGCCAGUACGGCGGCGUUGCAGACUGCUUGUGCAGGUUGCGCCCCCUCUCCCAUGCUGCGUCCCGGCACUGCGGCAACCACUCGCCGAACAGCCAACGGUGGCGCCGGCCCCCUCACCGGCUCCGCCUCCUCCGGCAGCAACAGCAGCGCGGCUGGCGUCUUCCCACCCGUCCUGCAGCCCGCCCCUCCCCUCCAGCUCUUCCGCGCCUGCACCUCUGCUGGCUCCUCCAAGCUGCUGGUGGUGCUGGCCCCCUUGGAGCACCUGCCUCGAGACGUUGCGGUGCUGUCACAGCUGCCGCAACGCAUGAUGGUGGUUGACCUGGCGGCGCGACCCGGCGGGGGAGGCCGCAGGGAGGCAGGCGGCAGCGGGGGCGGCGCCGCGGCGGCUAGCGGUGACAGCAGCGGCAGCGCCAACCGGCCCUUCGGGCCGUUUUCCUCGGGCUUUGCUGUGGGUUCGGACUCGGGGCCGCGGCAGCCGUGUCCACGGGCGGAGGGCAUGGACCUGGAGAGCUACCCGCACCUGCACCUACUGACACGCAUGCCAGCUGCAAGCCGGGUGCUGCUGUCAGCCGGCCUCUCCGAGCCCCGCGGCGACGGCAUUUGGCUGCUGCUGCAGCUGCUGGCGCCCAACGUGCAGCAGCCGCUGUGGCAGGCGGUCAGCGAGCUGCAGCAGGGGCUGCUGGCCAGCGGGGACGUGGGCGCGCAGUGCAGGGAGCGUGUGCUUGGAGAGCUGCGCGAGCGGCUGUGGGGGCUGCUGCGGCCGCUGACGCUGCACCGGCGCGCGCGAGACGUGGACCUGGGCACCAUGCGCUCUGCCGCCACCAGCCUCAACCUGUACGACCACUUCUCAGCGGCCAAGGCGGACGGGGGCGCGUGAGUGGGAGGUGGGCGAGGGAGGGACGGCGUAUCGUCGGUUUCGCCCAUGUACUGUUUGUUUUGGUGACCCGUGGGUCUCGUUGCCUGACUGCGCGGAGCGCUGAUUUUGCUGCUUUAAGCGCGCGCUAACUACCUGGGAUCCGUGGGGAAUUUGGGUGGGGCUUUUUGAGUCUGUACGUAUGCGUCUGCACCCACGCAACGUAGGAGUGCCAUGCCCAUUUGACCAAGCCAGACGCUAGUUGGUUGGUUGGGCGGUUCUGUUAACAGCCAUGGCAGGCCCCCCUAGGACAUGUUGGACCUGUGUGCGUGCGUGCGUGCUGCGUGCAAAGCAUGCCCACUAGUUACGAGACGAGGAGAUUUGCGAAUGUAUGUACGGGUAUUUUAAGAUUGCGAACUUGGUUAGGCUGCGAGGUCAGUUCCGGAGGCUGCUGUGCCGUCCUAUUCUGUGCCACAUCGGCUCACGGUCGCGAGGAUGCUCCCGGGGUAAGCGGUGAGUAAGCUACGCGUGGUUUGCUGUUGGGGCGUCCAUGCAUGCCCAGCAUUAAGGCUGGCCUCCACCGUUUGUUCGGACCCGUUCAUAUCUACAAUUUUGAGGGUGAAGACGAAUUUUGGUCAUUUCGGACUUUUCAUGCGGGUAUUUCAUGCAUUCACACGUCGCCGCGUCUAGACAUAAGCCACAG